CUGCGUUUAUAGUGUUGCGUUGCGUUCAGCCGUGCUUUGCGACAUUGCCGCGUCUCGUCCCAACUGUACCAUCGAGAAUCUAUCCACCGCAAAAGAAAAAAAAAUAGGACCUGGUCAGUUUUUCGGGUGUUUGUGUCUCUUCCACUUCAAUUUUUUUUUUUUGAUAAUUGGUUGGUGUGUGUUGCUGUGGAUAGUGCAGUGUUUUUUUUUCUUUAAUUUGCUGUUGAAAGGAAUUCCGCAAGGUACUUUUGUUCGUUGGAUGCGGGUUGGAAUAGUACCCGGAACCGCAUACACUGGAACCUAACUUUUCCACCAGUUAAGAUUAACUGAAGAUGGUCCCGUUAACCGUUAGCUAAAGGUUCAUAAUGUGAAGGUUGAAGAACAACGAGAGAUGGACUGCUUGUAUAUUUUGUAAACCAUUGUAGCUUUUAGUCCCAUCAAUUCCACUAGGACCAAAAUGGCAUGUUCCUCCAGACUGUUUCUCUUGUUAACCCUUUUAUCAAUCGCCCACGCCGAAAACGCGGACUGGACUAAACAAUGCAACAAAUGUAAAUGUAUCUGGACCAGCGGUAGAAAAACUGCAGACUGCACUUCGAAUGAUUUUGAGGAGAUACCCAAGGAUCUCUCGGGCGAAAUCAGAGAAAUAGAUUUCUCGAACAAUGCUUUGACCCAGUUCGGCAGGAACGUUUUUAAAGAAGCUAAUCUUAAGGAUAUACACAAAUUAAAGUUUCAGAAUUGCAGUAUACAAUCAAUCCAUGAUACGGCCUUCGAUGGUUUAGUCUUGCUGAUAGAACUCGACUUAUCCCGAAAUAAGUUGGUGUCUUUAAGUAAACGUAUUUUUAGGGAGACAUCCAAGUUGCGAGUCAUCAGCUUUAGUUAUAAUAAGAUUAAGACUGUAGAGCGUGAACUGUUUUUUAAUUUGACUCACGCACAAAGAAUAUCUUUGGAUCACAACGAAAUCGAAGUCUUAGAUAAAUCCACAUUUAAGAAUUUACCGUCAUUGCAACACAUUGGCUUGGACUACAACAGAUUAAAAACUCUGUCUUUGGAUUUCGCCACUAUGCCUAAAUUGAAUAGUCUUAAGUUAAGUGGAAAUCCUUGGGUUUGCGACUGUCAUCUAGAGGCUUUCAAAAAUCACGUACAGGAAAAUAAUCUAAACACUGAAAGUAUCUUGUGCGACGCACCUGAACUUUACAAGAACGCAGAAUGGGAUAUAAAACGUGUUUUUGCAUGUCUACCAAAAAUAUCGUAUCCAACUCCUAAUACAAUUAUCCAAGUACAGGAUUCGAAUGUAACUCUGACUUGUGCAGUGUCGGGAAAUCCCGCCCCAGACGUUGAUUGGGUGGGACCUAAUGGCAGAACAUUAGACAAAGAUCCAAGACUUACCAAGCAAAAAUAUAUCGUUAACAAGAACUCGUCGGGGGAGAUUUCAUACAACAACAUCACUAUCAUAAAUUUCACAUACAGGGACCGUGGUGAUUAUAAGUGUUUAGCGAAAAAUCCUGGAGGACAGGACGAAGUUAACAUAUCGUUGAGUUACACUCAAGGCGUUGGAAGUAUUGGAAAAGCACCUCUGGACAUAAAUUUAGGACUGAUUAUAGGUUUAGGUGUUGUGAUUGUAGUGACACUCAUAAUAAUCAUAGUGAUCUUGGUGUGUUUUUGCAAGAGGAGCAGCAAUAAUGCCAAUAAUCAGAAGAGAAAUGAUGACAGUGAUGGUUUGGAGGAGUAUAUUGGGAUGAGGAACCAGCCAGAGAUGAAAAAACAGCUGUUGACCGAUGUUAACCCAGUGUCUAAGCCACCAAGAGUGACCGUUCCUGGUACAGUUACCGCUGGAGGGACCGAAGUCAGUGAUCAGAAAAGAAUCCUGCUGGACACAGAUUCAAAUUAUGAAGACAUCGACGACGAAUCCUUCUCGAUGGAAGGCAGUUCAAUGCCGCUGAUGCGUAAGUCGCAACUCCUGUUGGACGAUUUCCGACAACCGUAUCCCCCGGACCUCCUCGCGUUCCCUCCACGUAACCUCCAGCCAUCGCCCGCUGGAAGUUCAGCGUCAACCGUGGCCGACACCAGCAGACUUCCGCCCCACCACGGUCCCCAAUCGCCUCUGCACAGUCCUCUCUACGAACACCUGUACAGGACGUUACCGAUAUCGAGGAGUCAGAGUCCAUUCGUAGGACCGGUGCCGCCGAGGAUGCCCAGAUUGGGACAGGGAUACGUUACGAUACCGCGAAGGCCGAGACAGAGCUGGAGCAGCGAGCCGCCCUUGUCCGACAUUGGCGAGCCUCUCUACGACAAUUUGGGUGCCAGAACUUCUAUUAAUGGAAGUUUCUCGCAAUCGCUGAACAAGUUAGGCGAGACGUCGACGCCUAAAUCGAACAGACUGUUCCCAUCGACGCCGUGCACGAUAGACCCCAUAGCCGAACACGAACCGCCGCCCACCGUUCAGACACUGCCGCGCAAUCUGAACAAGCUGUCGCCCAGCAGAACCAACUGGGCGAAACAAAAUGCCGAGGCGCUGCGCAGCCCCGAGAAACGAAAAUCAACCGCCUCACUUCCAGGUACGGAAGGCAAGAAAAUCCCACCCAGACCGCCGCCAAAACCGAAGAAACAAGUGGCUAACCGCCCCCUUUUCGAGGACGAAGGCGAAGACGGCACAGAAGUCUGAGACAGGCUGAAACUGGUGCUGUUGCAAGCACUGGUUUUCGCCGUCUAACCGUCUGAAGACAAUGGAUGAUAGGAUGGACAAUAUAAUUUUACUACUACCAUAUAAAACACGUUAAUGUUUUUUAAUAUAUUGGUGCUAAUACAAAACAGUUUCGAUGGACCAAGAGUGGCGUGCGUGUACACAGGGUUUAGCAAAAUAAAUGUUAAAAGACUCUAGUUCACUUUAGCUCAAGACAAACAUAUAAGUCCUGUAAGUGUGUGGGAUUCUCGAGGAAAAGGGGAUGUUGGCAGGUAAACAACAACGUAUAUUGGGCUGAAAAUUUAUACAAAGUGCAAUAGACUAUAGGCAAUGGUAUUACUCGAUUUACCAUUGAAUCUAUUAAACGACUGAUUAUUUAUAAAAUGUCGUAUGUCCUUUCCUUUUGUUGUACUAGAGACAAUAAAAUUUGAAGGAUGUAUUUAGUACAUUGAAUAACAAGCAUACAGUUUAAUUAAGCCGGUUUUUAUUUUUUUAUUAAUCCUUCGAAAUAACAUUUACCAAUUAGAAGAAAUUGGUAAUUUAUAUGUGGUUUUUAAAACAUGAUUAAUUAACAAAUGGGUAUAGAAUAUGUAUUUAUUUAGUUUUUUCAAUUUUUAUGGGUUAUAUUUUUUCUAUUAUUAUUGUACUUAUCUCGAAUUAUUCAAAAAUUAUAAAAUACAACUUUUAUCUACAUUGACUUUAUUGUUGGAUUUUUUUUAUUAUACUAGGCUAUAAUCAAAUUUUUUGGUAUUUUUCCUAAAGAUAUAUCAAUAUCUUAAACAUAUAAUUGAAUUAGAUUGUAAUUAUUCUUUACUUUCAGUAUGAGACAAUAUAAAUAAUAUAUUUUAUAUAUUUCGUAACUAACGUACGUUAAAUAAAACUGAUUCAUGCAAAUUUCUAAUAUAAAUACAGCACAAAACAAGAUUUAAACGAAGAUUCAAAAAAUAUUCAAUUGAAUGGUUUAAAUACAUUAACCACAAUAAAAAUGACAUAAUUCCAAAUAAUCAAGGCUUAAAUUGACAAUCAAUCUUACAACCGUUUAUACACAACGAUUUUUUUUUCAAUAAUUUCAGCCUGAUAAAUUUCAAAUGAAUUGAAAUUGAAAAACCUUUUGAAUAAAUUCAUAUUACUGGAAAUUAAUUCAUUUAAAUAUUUCCUCGAGAUUCUUUCGCCAUCCAUAUGGUUAUAAUUAAAAAAAUGUUUCUCCUAAACGAAUGUUUUUAUGCGUAAAUGUGAUAUAUGAAUAUUAAUGAAAUUUAUGUGUAACAAAUACAAUAUAAAAAUGCUAACGACCACUUCUUAAUAUAUUGAUCAUGAAAAUUCAUAAAUGAGCUGGUCCUGAAAAAUCAAUUGAAUAAAUAUUCCGUAUGUGGUAAUUUAGAAAUAUUUAACAAUCUGUAAAGUUCGAGUGUUUGCUUUAUAACGAGGCAAUUGUGAAAUACAAACACUCCAUCACUACAAAAAUAUAUCUUCAGGGCUGAUAAAUUAAUUUAAUAUCAUAGUUAAUUAAUACGUGAAAUACACUUAGUGGUAUUUUAAUAUUUAUUUUUCAGGACUAUCAAAUUAUUGUACUUUAGAAAGACAGAAAUAAUUUAUAUGUACAUACACUUUUUCAUUUCAGUUUCUUAAUGACUGAUACAUUUUUACGACGUUUGCCAUAAAUGUUACUUUAAAAACUUAGUUAAGACUUCUAAUUAAGAAUUUUUUAAAUAAAUUGUGAUAAUCCUUUAUAUUUUUGUAUUUAAUUAAAUGCUAUGCGUAAUGAAAUUUUUAUCACUUCACUAAGUAUUUAUUUAUUAUAUCAUUUUUUAAUGAAAACAGAUUGUAAAAUUAAUUGUAAAUUAUAUCAUUUAUAUUAUUAUGUACAAAAUAUAUUUAAAAUAACAUGUUUUAUUGUCAUUUUAUAGCAUUUUGUAUUUUUGUUUGUAAAACUUUCUAUUAAAUAAAUACGAAACAUUUUACAACAAGUUAAAAUGUCUGUACUUAAAGUGCCUUUAAUAGACAAGUUGUGAAUAGGAGGUGCGUAUCAAUUGCGGUAAGUAAUUUUACACGUGAAUAAAGUAACGUCAAUUAGAAAUAAAUUGUAAUGGUUGUGCACUUUUACGAAAAUUUCAAUUAAAAUAAAUUCAUAUAAAUUUUUUACAGCCAACUUUUUUAGAGGUAAGUGACAUUGAAACACUAAUUAUUUAAACUGUUAGUAUAUAAUUUUUUUGUAUAGAAGAAAUAAGGCUUUAUUUAGCACUUGUAAAAUAAAGUGGCACAAUCAUUACAAGCUUGAGAUUCCGCCCACGUGUAAAAUAACUGACCCCCUAGAUGUGACUGUUACAAUGCUUACUUAUGCCCUCUUCUAAACGUAAGAAUGCAUGCUAUUCCCCAAUCCGGGCUUCCAUUUCUCGAGUGCAGCAAUGAAUGAAUGUAUAUAAAUUUCGUCGGUUUUUCAAUUGCCAUCCACUUACCAAUUGUCUUUGACGAAUAUACCUUAGACAAUCUGACGACCAACACAAUAUGAUCUCACUUUUAAUUUACCCAUUGAUCGUUGCAACAGUAUUAUUAAUUUAGGUUUACAGAUGCUAAACUGCCUAAUAUCGUGCGAGAAUAUCGAAUUCGCGGGGCUGGAAUUGACUGUUACCCUGCAUUAAACACUAUACAUAACAAUCUACUAAUAAUUACGAAAUACCAAUGAAGUCAUUGUGUCCUAUUUAAACCACUUCUUAAAUAGAACACAGUUAAUUUUCCGAUUGAUGUUGAAUGUUGAGAAGUUACUCACACAAUGUCCAAAUAAUAUAUCUCUUUUAUUUAUAAUCUAAAUAUGUUAAUUAAAGUUGAUCUUGAGAGUUUAUAAGAAAUGUUACGCGUAUUAGAGAUGGUUAUAGGGGACUUGUCAGAACAGAUCUAUAAAGAGAAAUAAUGUCUGUUACGUAAGGAAAAAUAAAGCUUUUCGGUGUACAAAACUCUCCGUUAUAUUAUUACGCCUACCUAAACUGUAAAUAAAUAUUUUCUAUUAUGUAUCUAUCAUUUAUUAUUAUAACUAAAUAUAUUAGAUUGCUGUAUGUAAUAGGUUAAUAAAACAUUAUUGUGAUUAAUAAACUA